GUCGUCUUUAACAUGUACUCAAACAAAAACGAAGGACCACGUCGAGGAAGAUCUUUUGACUCCAUGAACAUUGGCUACGAAGAAAAACUGCUGAACAAUGAGUAAGGCGAUUCUUUGAGACACAGACGUGUUCAUCUUCGUUAAACCGAGACGCGAGGAGUUGACCCUGCGGAGCGUGUUGAUCCACUCUCCGUGCGAAUGCUCUCAGGGAUGCUACCGACAAGAGUCAACCGAAAAGUGAUCUGCCACGCCGUCUACUCGGUGCUCGAGGGGCGGAAUAUGAUAAACAAAUCGACCUUCACAAAAAUUGAAGAAAACACUGAAAAAAAGAAUACAUCAGAGAAGGGACGAGCGACCAUUAUCUUUUCCCUCAAGAAUGAAGUGGGAGGACUAGUUAAGGCGCUCAAACUCUUCCAGGAAAACCAGGUGAACCUCGUUCACAUAGAGUCCAGAAAAUCCAAACGACGCAACUCUGAGUUUGAAAUCUUUGUGGACUGCGACAGCAACCACGAACAACUGAACGAAAUAAUCCAGCUGCUCAGAAAGCAUGUGAACGUGGUGGAUAUGGACCCUCCAGAUAACUCCUGUCUAGACGAGGAAGAAAUGUAUAAUGUACCCUGGUUCCCAAAGAAGAUUUCAGACUUGGACAAGUGUGCCAACCGUGUCCUGAUGUACGGCUCUGAGUUGGACGCCGAUCACCCGGGUUUCAAGGACAACGUCUACCGCAAAAGGCGAAAGUACUUUGCUGAUCUCGCCAUGGCCUUUAAGCACGGGGAUCCCAUUCCUCGUAUUGAGUUCACCGAGGAAGAAUUGAAGACUUGGGGAGUCGUGUACAGGGAGCUCAACAAGUUGUACCCCACCCACGCCUGCCGUGAAUACUUGAAGAACCUGCCGCUGUUGUCCAAAUACUGUGAAUUUCGGGAGGACAACAUCCCUCAGCUGGAAGACGUAUCACGCUUCCUCAAGGAGCGGACCGGAUUCACCAUCAGGCCGGUGGCUGGAUAUCUGUCCCCCCGGGACUUCCUGGCUGGUUUGGCCUUCCGGGUUUUCCAUUGUACUCAGUAUGUGCGACACAGCUCCGACCCCUUAUACACCCCGGAGCCGGACACGUGCCACGAGUUGCUGGGUCACGUCCCACUUCUGGCAGAGCCCAGCUUCGCCCAGUUUUCACAGGAGAUCGGUCUCGCAUCGCUCGGGGCGUCAGACGACUCGGUUCAGAAACUUGCCACAUGCUAUUUCUUCACGGUGGAGUUUGGCCUGUGCAAGCAAGAAGGGCAGCUGCGAGCAUAUGGAGCAGGACUGCUGUCCUCUAUCAGCGAGCUGAAGCAUGCGCUAUCCGGCAAUGCAAGGAUAAUGCCCUUUGACCCCAAAGUUACAUCCAAGCAAGAGUGCAUCAUCACAACAUUUCAGGAUGUGUACUUUGUGUCAAACAGCUUUGAGGAGGCCAAAGUCAAGAUGAGGGAGUUCGCCAAGACCAUCAAGCGUCCCUUCACAGUCCGAUACAACCCUUACACCCAGAGUGUGGACGUGCUAAAAGACACCCCCAGCAUCAACAGCGUGGUGGAGGAGCUUCGCCACGAGCUCGACAUUGUCGGCGACGCCCUCAGCCGGCUGAACAAGCAGCUGGGCAUCUGACCGCCCGCGUUCAAGUUCAAGUUAUCCAUUAGUUGAAGUUAUUCCCCCCCCCCCCCCCCGCUGUAGAGAUACUGCUUGUGUAUCGCCCUUCGUCAGUACAAUGAAUGUUCUUUUGUUAAAACGCUGCUUUGUCCCCACUGCGAGGUGUAUUGCUUGUACAAUUUACAGAGGCGCGCUUCAUGUUCAUGUGUGCGUAAGUUGCAGAAACCCGAGGAGUCGCUGAACGCGAGACGCCGUUUCGGUUUCGGUUCACUUUUCUUUGCUCAGUCGGCUUCUGAAUC